AUGAACGCCCACUCUGAUAUCGAAUCCACUCAUCACAACAAUUUUCGACCUGCAGACCGAGAACCACAACCAGAAGCCCCAACAUCAUCCGCCACCUCCAUCACCGCUUCGACCUCCCCACAUCCACCCCCUCCUUCUCAUGACGACCGAUCGAAAUGGUCGCUCUACCCCGCACUCGUUCUCGAGAACACUGGAAGCGUGGCGCGGGAUCAUCUAGCGUCCGAACGGACGUUCCUAGCCUACGUACGGACGAGUCUUGCGUUCGCCAGUGCCGGUGUAGCUCUCGUUCAACUGUUCGCUAUCACAUCUGACACACUGGUGAAGUAUGCCAGGCCUAUGGGAGCGACGAUCAUCCUCAUUGGCUUUGGCAUGUUAUUCAUCGGUACGACGCGCUACUUCCGCGUCCAGAACGCGCUCACGCAGGGAUACUUCCCCGCCGCGCGAAUAUCGAUCGUGCUCAACGCGGUCCUGCUCUGCGCGCUCAUCAUCGUCGUGUUUGCGAUCAUACUCCAGGUUCGGGCGCGUUGA